CGUCCUGGAUCGUUCAGUCCUUGUCCUAGCGCAGAGCAAUCGCGUCCUUCGAUUCAGUCGGUUGUAAGCUUCCUUGGUGGGUUAGGUCGCCACAACUAGUCUCUGUAAAUUAUUCGAGUGCUAUUAUCCAUACCCCAGAGAGUAUAGAGUGAAAGUUGUCGUUCUACGGAACGUUAACAAGUGAUUCGUGACUGAGUGCCCAAGACAAAGUGUAACUAAGUGCGAUUUGCAUAGUGUCGCCGGGGCCGAACCGUACUCGCAACCGACCCCAGAAAAUUCAUUGGGAAACAGGUUGAUUUCCACAAAUUAGAACUUGCAUCUAAAAGCGAAACAACUGAGGUCAAAACUAAGACCAGCUUUGGUUCCAACCACGUAAACUGCGCCAUUGUAAAAUGAAGUCAACUUUCAUGUGGGUGGUGCUGGGUGGCGUUCUGCUUCUAUUUGGCGGAACAGUUGACGCCUGGGGUGGACUUUUCAAUCGAUUUUCACCGGAAAUGCUUGCCAACAUGGGAUACGGUAAUCAUGGUGGUGGUCUACAUCAAUUUCUGCAGAAUGAGGGAUAUAUUGAAGAUGAACCCGUUAUUGAAGAUGAACCAUGCUACGGACGACAUUGCACUGCAAAUGAACAUUGCUGCCAAGGAAGCGUCUGUGUAGAUGUUGAUGGAGGCCCUGGUGUAUGUUUAUUUGCGUAUGGUCGGAAACUGGGCGAGUUGUGCCGUAGAGAUGCUGACUGUGAAGCUGGACUCGUAUGUGAUAACGUAGGAACUAAUGGAAACAUGAUUUGCCGGGCACCCAUGGCCAUUGCCAAACAGUAUGCUGAGGAAUGCUCCACGUCCAAUGAAUGUGAUAUAACCAGAGGAUUAUGCUGCCAGCUACAGAGGCGACACCGACAAGCAGCCAGGAAAAUUUGCUCGUAUUUCAAGGAUCCAUUAAUUUGCAUUGGAACAGUGGCGAUUGAUCAGAUUAAACACGAGGUUCAGCACACCGCCGGCGAAAAACGUAUUACAUCACCCUACAAACAUGGAUUACCGUAAACGAUGAGAAUUCUUUAACUCAACACCUGAAAACCACCAGAAAUUACAACUAUAUACAUAUCAUUAUACCCACUACUACAACAAUAUACUUAGGUGUUCUUAAAUUGUAUUAAGCAUGAUUUCAACUUUAUUUAUUUGUAUUAGGAACAUUUUAUGAACUUUUUUUUCGAUUAUUUACAAACUUUUGCAUAUUUAAAAAAAAACUAUGAAAAUGGCAACUAAAAAAAGAAAAUGGCAACUAAUACAUAUCAUUUACAAGUCCUUAUUGUAAAAUAUUAUAUAUCUAAUAUUAAAGAAGCAAAAAUAUAAAUACGUAUAGAUUUAAUUUUAUGGAAAAAAGAAUAAAUAAAAAAUCACUGAAAAAGAUUACACUUAAGGGAACUUGUUAUGAAAGUAAGAAAUUUGAAUAGAAUUGGGAAAGCCAUGAGAAAACAAUUGAUUUGCAUUAAGAGUGUUGGACAAUCCAUUCAAAUUUCUACAACGAGAUUCAAGAUAAUCUCAGAUCCUCAUGGUAAAAUCAAAAUAGAUUAACAAGUUCUUGUCAGCAUUCAUCUAACCAUAAACAUUCACAGAUUUGAAGAGAAGGCAUCUAUGGAAAAAAAGCUGUCAGAUGUAUGCAACUUAGCAAUUUAAGGAUGAAACUGUAAAGUACAGAUGAAAAUCAAAUUUGUUUGGAAAAUAUACAUUAAUCUAAAGACACAGAACUCCUUUUGAAAAGUACAUAUCGCACAUUUACUGUCAUAACGCUAUAUUUUCAAAUGAUAAAAUGCAUCCUAUACAAAUAUUUACAUAUGAACUAAGAAAUGAUAUACCGUAUCAAAAAAAAAUAAUUGUACUGGCUGAGGUAGAAUUAAUUAAAUAUAAAUUUUCAAAUUCAAAUAUUCAAUGCAAAGCAUUUAAUUUAUAUUAGUGUUGUCCAGACAUUGCGAAGCAUAUUGUAUCUAACAAAAAUACACAGAAUUUCAAAGAGAAAUAUUCUAAAGUUAAAAAUGCAUAAAUAUAUAUGUUAGUAAAUGUCUUAAGCAGAUUGCUCUUAGCAGCAAUUGAUGAAUAUCAAUAUACAAGAUAAAAAUAAAUAUAAUAUACAUAAAAUGUUAAAAAUGAAAGGAAUAGGACUGGACUAUGUAAGACUAUUCAAAAAGCAUCUAAGAAAAUUUCACAGAAUGAAAGUAUGUCAUAUUAGCACUGGAAAGGAACAGAUUUAUUUAUUUUUAUAUGCUUCAUCAGAUGAAACUAUCAAACCAAAGCUCUAUCCAAAAUGAUAAAACAAUAAGUGUAAAUUAACUAUGAAACAAUGCACAAAUAUAAAUUAUCCUAUAUUUUUUACGUCGAGAUUCAAUCUCACAAGUUACGUUAGAUCUAUUGUUGCUGAAUAUGUUUUGUGUCAAAUUUUCUUAUUUGGCGUCUAAAUUACUGUACAUGCUCUGCAAUAUAUUAUAUAUUUUAUAAAUAAUAUAUUUACAUUAAUAUUAUUACCAAUUUACCUACAUAUUCGAAAGAGAAAAGAAAUCACAUUAUUAUAGGGAUGUUGACAUUCUCGAUGUUGGUUGAAUAAAGUAAAUCCAUAUCAGUGACCGAAA